CCGAACAUCAGUAUUUAAUGCGAGUUCUAAUACUGCGCUUGCCAGUGCUGCUACAACUUUCAAAAUUGAAACAUUUCGUUUAAUUUCUGUUUUUCAUUGUGUGUAAUAUUCCGAUUAGUUGCGAAAUUGUGAGAAAUUAGCAAUAUGGCUUUCGGUAAGCAAAGCGAAGCACAAUUGCGCAAUGAUCUACAGUCUGCGUUAAAUGAUGCAACAGCACCACCGCCAGCCUAUAUUUCAACUGAAAAUGUGACCACUAUGCAGCCUGGAUCCAGAGGAGCACCGAUCUAUGGUGAUAUGCCAUCACCGAUACCGACUUUCACGCCCAUCUAUACGAAUCAAAAUCCACCGGUUGGUCCAAAAUCAGUGCGCUUGCGGUGCCCACAUUGUAAAUGUAUGGUGGACUCGCAAGUUAGACAUCGUUCAACGGUCAAGACGCAUUUGGCCUGUUUGCUGCUCUCGUGGACGUGCUGUUGUUGUUGUCUGCCAUACUGUAUGGAUACUUGCCGCAAUGCCAAUCAUUUUUGCCCGAUGUGCGGUACUUUUAUUGGGACCUAUGAAUCCUAAAGCAAGAAGUUCAAAAGAAACUAUGCAGUUAAUGCAGAAAUGACAGAUAAGAGUGGAGUAAAAGACAAAGUAAUUGACAAAGAGUGAAUACUAGUUUUAAGUUCCGGUCAUUUCCUUCGAUUCCACUUAUUGGACCUAUGUCAUAUACAUUUCAAUAUAUAUGUACAUAUGUAUUUACAAAAGAUAAUAGAAUAAAAUAAAGUGCAUUAAAGCUGAGUCAGGAAAAAUAA